AUCCUUUUGAUCCUGCGCCUCUACAUCCAAGUGCUCCUCGCAUUUUUGAGCCGGCUCGAAGCUAAGCAGGAUUAAACUAUGCCACGACACUCACUGGACAUGGCCAAUGGAAUGGCAUAUGAUCCCGAUCAGAAUCCUGAGGAGAAACGCGGUCUCCGCCGUCAGUAUCGCGAACUGCAGAAAGCAUCGGAAGACUCUCAGACCAAUCCUAAUGGUCCCGAACUGGAGCAAAUUGUCGCAAACGUGACGCGCGCAGACGAGCUUUUCGAUCAGGUCAAGGGCACGGCGGAGGCCAUUCUCGACUCGUCGCUUCUUCUACAAGCCACACAGGCGGGAGUGCGGCGCGCCCGGGCGAUGAAAUCGGGCGCAGGGGCAUUCGAUGUGGACGACUUCGUCGGGCGGCUCAUCACGUUCAUGGGUGGCAGAAAGGCGGAAGCUGCUCUACCAGAAGAUUCGGAAAGUGAGGCGGAAGACGACGAGUACAGCGGUGGGCCACUAGACUGGGAGCGUGUCGGCCGUCGCGCGCUGGCACAUAGCCAUCGCGUUGCAGCCAUGGACUUCAUGCUAGGACCGCUCUCUAUUGAGCAGAAGAAACGGGCAGUCGUCAAGCGCGCGAAACUCGAGAAGGACAAGCGGGACGAGAAGAAGCCGCAGCAACUCACAGAAGAUGACGUUACGCGGUCGGAGAACGAGACAACGAAGAACGUCGCCACACUGGAGAAAAUACUAUCGAAUCAGCCAGGUCCAAUCAACCUCUUCAAAUUCAUUGUCAAUCCAAAUGACUUUGGCCAGUCAGUGGAAAACCUGUUCUACCUCUCAUUUCUCAUCAGGGAUGGGAAAUGUGCGCUGGAGGCUGAAGAGGGCGAGCCCAUGAUCUACUUCUGUGACCAGCCCUCAGAAGAUGACUAUGCUCAAGGCUUGAAGAAGCGGCAGCUGGUCAUGGAGUUUGAUAUGGCGACGUGGCGGCGUGCAAUUGAGGUGUUCAACAUCACGGAGACCGUUAUCCCUCAACGGCCAAAGUCGCCAAUACGCCUCGGUUCCAAGUGGUACUUCUGACCUCGCUCGUUUGACGCUGAGCCUGCUGGUUGGGUCGGUUGGGUGCUAACCCCAAAGUAGAUUGCUUACAUAUUGGGUCUGCCCAGUUGGUUGAGACCCCUUGACGCCUGUCGCGUUGAUAUGUGUACAUUUAGUCAGUACUGUAGAGCUUAUGAUCUAUUCAGUAUACCCCGAACGUCAUAACGGCAGACAUGCCAUGUUCUCGUUGCGUCGAUAGAGCGCUUCCC